AUGAGCACCUACAACACCGCCACUACGAAGACCUAUGACGCCGACGCCGACGAGCUCGGUGACAGCAUCUACGACAAUGUUGACACAACCAGCAGAAAUACCAACCGCCGCGAUUCCAUUGAGAAUGUUUCUCGUGACAUUCCUCCCAGCCGACGCUCUCGUAAUCGCUCCGCCUCGUCUGGCGACAGCCGCCUCGGCCACACCCUAUACGACAUCACCUACGGUCAGAGUGUUGACCUAAACCGAUUCCUCGAACAACUCCUGCACCGAGAAUCAGACCUCGACUUCAGCACAUCCGGCGAAGAUGACUUCGUCGCCCAAAACCAGGAGAAUUUGAGCCGCCAACUCCGCUCCGACCUGGAGAAGCUGCGCGCCGACCACGAUAAUGUCACUUCUCGCGCCGAAGGCUUUCUCUCUCAGACUGACGAAUAUCGCUACGAUUUGGAAACGGCCCAGGAAAACAUUGCAGAGCUUAAUGGCAAGAUCGAAAGACGCGACGAACGAAUCACCCAAUGGAAGGACGCCUACAACCGUCGCUCCGAUGACCUUAAAGGCCGGCUCAAAGUCCAGGAGGACCGAGUCCGGGCCUUAAACGAGCAGAACCUUCAACUUUAG